AUGAGUGAUAUCGAUAUCCGUUCAAAGUUAAUUGAUCAUAAGGAAUUUUGCGGAUUCAAUGUAAAAGUUCAGUACUCUAAACAAUACUUUUUGAGUGGAGAUGAAUUAUUACUGAAUGUCACAUUUAGACGUUCGGAAUUGCAAGGUUUGAGUUCAACUCUUCAUUGCAUAUCGAUUUACUUGUACGGAAUCGCAAUUUUCUCAUCAAAAAUACUUAAUGGGGAUACAGAAGCUAAAGAAUUUGAAAUUAGUUUUUCUAAGGAAUGCGUAACCUUCCCUUUUUUAACUGCGGAACUUGAUAAUAUUAAUAAAGAUGAUCGUUUAAGGCUAAUAUUCUCGACCGAUGCUGCACUUAUAGAGCCUUCCAUAUCGACUGAAGACAACAAUUUUGUGGACAAAAUAUAUAAACUGAAAAUCAGAUUGCCGCCAUUUCUACCUCCUUCCUUUUUUGGCAAAUACACUAAAAUUAAAUACUCCACGUGUUUAUCCGCGCAACACUACAAAAAUGGAAAUUUUCAGCGCAUAUAUUUGCAAUUCCCAUUCACUCUAAUUGGAGCACUCAGUAGUAAAUUACCUACAAUGGAUCGGUCAUAUUUGCCAAUUAGAACUGUCAUAUCCAAUAUAACUAACGCUGAUGAUGAUAACGGUGACAGCUCUGAGUUGUACAACAAAAUAUAUGAUUGGUGGUUGCUGAUGAAUGAAGAUAGUGGGUUUGAUUAUGAAGGGAUUGGGGCAGCAAAUUUCAAAAAAUACAUAUACAACUUCUUAUUGCAAGGCGUGGAGGCUGUGGAUCUGCCUAAUCAAGUAGACUUGAAUUAUGGAGACUUGCUAGAUUAUGAGACACUGGUGGAACAAAGAAAAAUGCAUGCAAUUAUUACUGAUUUUUCCCUCCUUAAAAUUGGAUCGAACGGUAUUGACCUAUGUACUAUCAAAUUAUAUGGAACUGACAAUUGUGUCAUUGCGGAUUCUGAUAACAAUUUGAUUAUCAAGCUUAAUUCGUUACUAAAAAUGGAUUUUGAGUUUUAUAGCGACAAGUAUACGCUGAAAUUAGUACGAAUAUCUCUCACCUCACACGAAGCAUAUCGACUAGAUUUAGAUGAUCCUAAUAGAUCUGUUAAAGGUGGUGAAUCUGAAAAUUCAUUUUUGUCAGUUCACUGUCUACAAAAGGUUGUGACGCCACCUUACAAAAAGAUUUACAAUAAAACGGUAUUAAAACGCUUCAUAUACUGCAGUUCCUAUGAUUCAACUUCUUUAACGUUACACAUACCAUAUCUUGAACCUAGCUUCAAUUGGGAUGAUAUUGCCUUUUACUAUAAAUUAAACUUUUACUUUCAUAUAUCGGAUAACACGACUCUUGGGAAUAAUAAGGUGGAAGUGUCACCAUUUUCUAAAUACAAGGCAGGUAGUUACACUGUUAACACUAUAUUAAUUCCCUAG